AUGGAAAUUGUCCAACAAAGCAGUGUUAAAGUUCCUAACUCAGUCAUCGUUAGUGGUUUAAUUGGGACAGAAGCUGAUGAGGAGCUUUUUGACUUUCUCAAACAGAGUGGCUCCAUUGUGAGAAUCAUUCCUUUAGACACACCUCAUCUAGAUACAGGCAAGCAGGCCAUAGUAGAGUACACAUAUGGCACAGCUGUUCAGUCACUCUCACCCUUGUUACCAUACAAGCUCCCAUCUAAGACACAUACAGACAUUUUCUAUCAUAUUGACGCUUUAAGCAAUGUGUAUACACCAGUUGUUAGUAAAACGGCUACACAGACUUACCUCACAGAGCUAAGAGACAUAGCAAAACAGACUGGCAGAGACUUUGCCGCUGUUCUCAAAGAAGAACUGUCUAAAAUCAGUGAAGCCGUUGACUCUGAUGAUACAGAUGUCCAAAUUGAGCACAUGGAACCUGAUCUACCUGAUGCUCCGGACCUGCAAGCACCAGCACAGGUGAGUCCUCAACCUAGUGUUGUUCCAGAGCCAAUGAUCCAGCCCCAAGGAUGGUCCUUGCCCCUACCUUCAGCAUCUGCUGAGAAACGAACACCUGCUUUGAAACUUGAUGUCAACCCACCUGAGCUUCAAAGGGUAAUAGUGGAGCACAUAGUCAGAUCUGAGGAUACUGCUGCGCAAGUACACACAUCCUUCAGACUCAGACCCUUUUCUGGGCGUCGUCCCUGCCCUACCAAUGAAGUUGAUUAUGAGACUUGGCGCUCUAAUGUAGAACUUCUCUUGAAAGACGUCAAACAGUCAAACCUUCAUAAAUCACGAAAGCUUCUUGAGAGUUUGUCAUCCCCUGCCAUUGAUAUCGUGAAACACCUUUCACCUGAGUCACCUCCUAUUGUGUACUUGGAAAUCCUUGACUCCGCCUUUGGCACGGUCGAAGAUGGCGACGACCUCUUUGCGAAGUAUCUUAACACCAUGCAAAACCAUGGCGAAGAACCUUCAGCCUAUCUUCAACGGCUGCAAGUCAUGUUGAACACCACCUUCAGGAGAGGAGGCAUAGCUGCAGGAGACCACGACCGACAGCUUCUGAAGCAGUUUGUGACAACAAUCCCUGAGUCAUUCUACCGAGAAAACUUGUCUCACUUACCCAUCCAUUCCUUGAAUGACCUGCUGGAAGUCGAAAGUGCCAAUGGUCAAAACGUACCUUACCUUGGUUACGUUGAAACUGCCAUCACAUUCCCAAAGAUUUCACUGGGUGUUGACAUUGAGGUACCAACAUUAGCCCUGAUUGUGCCUGACAUGCGUUCCAGUCUAUCAUCCCUGCUCAUAGGCACUAAUGCUUUGGAUAUCCUUUAUGAACAGUAUUCAGACAUUGCACUUUCAAACCAGCAUUCGCUCUCUUAUGGCUACAAGGUUGUCUUGAAAACCCUGGAGGUAAGGAAAAGACAGUGUGUUGAUUCCAGCCUGGGAAGCUUGAGACUACACAGCUCUGAUUCUGAGAUCAUUGCUGCUGGUGAGACAAAAGUUCUUGAAGGAUCAGUGGCCUGCAGGAUGCCAAAUGCUGGAAGAUGGGUGAUGGUCGAGUCACCUAAAUCAACCUCCUUACCUGGUGGUUUACUAGUCACUGAUGGACUGGCAACUCUUCCAUCCAAGCUUCCGCGCUGCAUCCCAGUUAUCCUAAAAAAUGAGUCAGAUCAUGAUAUCACUCUUACCCCAAAGACUGUGAUAGCAGAAAUACAUGCUAUCCAGAGUGUUCAGUCUGUUGACCCACAAAGUGCAGGUCCUUCCACAAAGCCGAACCACAAGUCAAACCUAAACUUUGACUUUGGUAGCUCUCCAGUACCCAACGAGUGGAAAGAGAGAAUUACUGACAAACUGAACUCCAUGCCAGAAGUGUUUGCACAGCAUGACCUUGACUUUGGUCGUACUGAUAAAAUUAAACACCAUAUAAAUCUGAGUGACAAAACAUCUUUCAAACACAGAGCGAGGCCAAUACACCCGCAAGACAUACAAGCUGUGCGUGACCAUCUGCAACAACUGCUUGACGCAGAAGUCAUACGUGAGUCUGAAUCACCUUUUUCGUCCCCAAUCGUGGUCGUUAAAAAAAAGAAUGGAGAUGUCAGACUCUGUAUAGACUACAGAAAGUUGAACCUCCAAACGGUAAAGGACUCAUACGCCUUACCUCAUUUGGAAGAAUCCUUCUCUGCGCUGAAUGGAUCCAAAUGGUUUUCAGUGCUGGAUCUUAAAUCUGGUUUCUACCAGAUAGAAAUGGAGGAGUGCGAUAAGCAUAAAACUGCCUUUGUCUGUCCACUAGGGUUCUAUGAGUUUAAUAGAAUGCCUCAAGGCAUCACGAACGCCCCUAGCACGUUCCAGAGGCUAAUGGAGCGCUGUAUAGGAGAACUUAACUUGAAACAAGCUCUUGUCUUUCUUGACGAUCUCAUCGUCUUUUCCUCAACACUCGAGGAACACGAGGAGAGGCUGUUACGGGUGCUCAGCCGAUUAAAAGAGUUUGGCCUGAAACUAUCGCCAGAGAAAUGUAAGUUUUUCCAGAGCUCAGUGAAAUAUCUAGGCCACAUCAUCUCUGAAGACGGCAUCCAGACAGAUCCAGAAAAGAUCACAGCACUCAAAACCUGGCCAAAACCAAACACUUUGAAGGAACUCAGAGCCUUCUUGGGCUUCUGCGGUUAUUACCGCAGGUUCAUCAAGGACUACUCAAAAAUUACAAAACCCCUCAAUCAGCUCACUGCUGGAUACCCACCUUUGCGGAAACACACAAAUCCCAAAGCAGAUACUGGGAAAUAUCACAGUCCCAAAGACCCAUUCGGGAACAGAUGGACCUCUUGCUGCCAAGCAGCAUUUGACACAAUCAUUGAAAAGUUGACUACAGCUCCCGUUCUCGGGUUUGCAAACCCCAAAUGUCCCUAUGUUUUGCACACGGACGCUAGCACCUCAGGUCUCGGUGCAGCUCUUUACCAAGAGCAAGAGGGACAAAAGCGAGUCAUCGCUUAUGCAAGUCGUGGUCUGUCAAAAUGUGAGGCGAGGUACCCCGCCCACAAAUUGGAAUUCCUUGCCCUUAAAUGGGCAGUAACAGAGAAAUUCCAGGAUUAUCUUUAUGGCAGCCCAUUCCUCGUUAUCACAGACAGCAACCCGUUAACAUACAUCCUCACCACUGCUAAGCUUGACGCCACAAGCUACAGAUGGUUGGCUGCUCUGUCAACAUUCGACUUCCAGUUGCAAUACAGAGCAGGGAAGCGGAAUCAGGACGCAGACGGGUUGUCUAGACGUCCGCAUGACACACAACCUGAUGAUAUACUGUCAAAGAAAGAGCUUGAAAGGAUACAACAGUUCACGCAAAGACAUUUGCUGGAGUCUGACCAACCAAAUCUGAUCGACGAAUGUGCUGUCAAAGCCAUUUGUGAAAAGCACCUUGUUCACCAGCUGUCAGAUGAUGGGCCAGGAGAGUUAGUCCCCACCACCUCCUUGGUCCUGUCGCUUUCUCAUCACACAAAGGCUAUCCCAGAAAGCUUUCAAGAAGAGGAACGGCUUGGUGGCUUACCUGUCAUCCCCCAUUUCACAACAUCUGAACUGAGGAGCAAGCAACAGGCCGAUGCCUGCAUCCGAGAGGUGCUUAACCAGAUGGAGUCUGGAGAAAGGCUUUUGCCAUCUCUCAGAAAGGAACUCCCUGAACUCUUUCUUUUGUUAAGAGAGUGGAACCGACUUGUGGUUCAAGAUGGUGUUCUAUACCGGAAGCGACAAGAAGGUACACAAACACAGUAUCAACUGGUGCUGCCUGAUGAGUUAAGACCUUUAGUCUUAAAAGGUCUACAUGAUGAUAUGGGCCACAUGGGUGUGGAACGGACUCUAGAUCUGGUUCGAAGACGCUUUUAUUGGCCCAAAAUGUCUGUUGACAUAGAAAGCAAAGUCAAAACCUGCAAUCGUUGCAUACGGCGCAAAAUGCCACCAGAGAAAGCUGCACCACUGGUGAAUAUCACAGCUACAAGACCCCUUGAGCUUGUAUGCAUGGAUUUUCUCACCUUAGAACCAGACUCUCGUAACAUCAAAGAUAUCCUAGUUAUCACGGACCAUUUUACAAAGUAUGCGGUAGCCAUACCUACCUCCAACCAAAAAGCACAAACCGUCGCCAGAUGCCUUUGGGACCACUUCAUCGUCCACUAUGGUAUUCCAGAAAGGCUUCAUAGCGAUCAAGGUCCAGACUUUGAAUCUAAAACCAUAAAAGAACUCUGUGAGCUGGCAGGCAUUCAAAAGGUGAGAACGACACCAUACCACCCAAGGGGGAACCCUGUCGAACGUUUUAACAGGACACUAUUGAACAUGCUAGGUACACUGGAAAACCACAAGAAGAGUCACUGGCGCGAGCAUGUUAAACCUUUAGUACAUGCGUACAACUGUACUAAAAAUGAGGUUACUGGCUUCACCCCUUAUGAACUUAUGUUCGGCCGACAGCCAAGGCUGCCAGUUGACCUAGCCUUUGGUCUACCAGUUGCCCACCAGCCAGGUUCACACUCACAGUAUGUUCGCAACCUGAAAUCCCACCUCGAAACCAGCUACAAGGUAGCGACAGAAACUGCUAAGAAAACAGCAGAUCGCAAUAAAGCGAGGUUCGACAAAAAUGUUGUUGACUCCACCUUGGAAAGAGGCGACAGGGUCUUGGUUAGGAACGUUCGCAUUAGAGGCAAGCACAAGUUGGCCGACAAGUGGGAGUCGGAUGUGUAUGUUGUCGUGAGACAGCCAAGUGGCCUCCCAGUGUAUGUUGUACGGCCUGAGACCAAAGAUGGUCCACUGAGAACCCUCCAUCGUGACCUCCUCUUGCCAUGCGGGUUCCUUCCUGCUACCCCAAUUGAAGCAGAAACCUCUGCAAAAGAAAAGCCUAGGCGACCAAAAACUCGCCAGCAGACACAAACUGAGUGUUCAGAUUCCUCAGAGAGACAGGAAACUGACUCAGAAGAUUACGAUCCCCCCUAUCUCUAUGAUCACAGGGAUGUAGUAGUCGAGACCACAGCCUCCUACUUUCCCCCUGAAACCGACAAAUCAUUGCAAAGAUAUGUAUCUGAACCCCUUCCAGUGCCUACUGUUGAGCAAGAUCCUACAGACUCAGCCAGAGCCUUACCUGAGGAUGUUCCAGUGGCAACUGCAGAAAGCGACUUACCUGAACCAGAUCCAGUUGAAACCAACUCACCUGAAAUGGACAUUGAGCAACAUGUUUCGAGUGAUGCGAGUCCUGAAAUAGACAACCAAUCAGAAGAAAUUAGAGGUGAUAUCCAUUCAUCUACUCCUGCUGAAAUUGAACAGCGUGAGAACAACAGUGACGAUAGUGACAGUAACACCGAUCAUCACUUAAGACGGUCUACCAGACAUAGGGAACCUGCACAGAGACUGACUUAUCCUGAGCUAGUUCUCGUCAGCAUGGAGGAUACCAACUUCCACCAAUUUCUGCAGACGCUUUUCCAUUCUUGA